AUGGUUGAAGUAAGUGAUGCAGAAGUUAGUAAACUUCAAAAAACCAAAACAAUUGGUAUUAUUGGUUUAGGAGAUAUGGGAUACUUGUAUGCUAGAAGAUUUAGUGAAGCAGGAUGGAAAGUAGUUGGUUGUGAUAGAGAAGAUCUAUUUGAAGAAACCAAAGCCAAAUUUGCCAACGAGAACUUCGAGAUAUUGUUGAAUGGGCAUUAUGUUUCUCGUAUUUCAGAUUAUAUUAUCUAUAGUGUCGAAGCUGAAAAUAUUAACAAAAUUGUUUCGCUUUAUGGACAGUCUACUAAGUUUGGUGCUACAGUUGGUGGUCAAACAUCCUGUAAACAACCAGAGAUCGAGGCGUUCGAGAAAAACUUACCUCCAGAUACAGAAAUAGUAUCAUUGCAUUCGUUACAUGGGCCAAAUGUUAAUACCACGGGUCAGCCCUUGGUGUUGAUAAGGCAUAGGGCCUCGGACGAAAGUUUCAGACUUGUAGAAUGCUUGGUGUCUUGUUUGAGAUCAAAAGUGGUUUAUUUAUCAGCAGAAAAACAUGAUAAGAUUACUGCUGAUACCCAGGCUGUGACACAUGCAGCGUUCUUAUCGAUGGGUGUAGCAUGGAAGUCAAUUAAUCAAUACCCUUGGGAGACCCCAAGAUGGGUAGGAGGAAUGGAGAAUGCAAAGAUGAACAUAUCUUUAAGAAUAUUUUCCAAUAAAUGGCACGUAUACGCGGGGUUGGCUAUAACUAAUCCGUCUGCUCAUGAACAGAUUGUUCAGUACUCACGUUCAGUGACCGAAUUAUACACAUUAAUGAUCCAAGGCAAAAAAGAUGAAUUAAAAGCAAGAGUAUUCAAAGCCAAAGAGAGCGUCUUUAGACAUAUAUCUGAUCACAACUUAUUGUUGGACGAUGAUAUUUUACAAAACUUCUCAUUGAGCAAAGUACCACCAGGAGGAAAACAAGCAAACUCGCAUCUAUCUUUGUUGUCAAUUGUGGACAGUUGGUUCAAAUUAGACAUAGUUCCAUACGAUCAUAUUAUUUGUUCUACUCCAUUGUUCAGAAUAUUUUUAGGGGUCACCGAAUACUUAUUUUGCACUCCAGGUUUAUUAGACGAAUGCAUACAAGAUGCAGUAGAUGAUGUAACUUUUAGACAAGAUGACUUGGAAUUCACAAUCGCUGCUAGAACAUGGGCCAGUAUCAUAUCCUUUGAAAAUUUUAAGCUUUAUAAGAAAGAGUUCGAAGAAACGCAAGCAUUCUUUCAGCCAAUGCUCCAAGAAGCUAAUGCGGUAGGAAAUGAAAUGAUUAAAACUAUAUUGCAAAGAGUACAAGAAAGAGACGCCUGA